UCUCAGAGUCGUCACCGCCUUCGCUCCCUCAAAACUGACGAUGGUCUCGAACCCUCUCUCUCUCUUUCGCUCUCGCUCUCCUUUUGCCCUUCUGCCAGAACAAAGGCAAAUCGAUCGCGAUCUGAAACUAUCGAGCUAAAUUCCACGGAUUGAUUGUUAAUUAGCUCCUAAAGAAUUGAUUUUUCCUCUGCUACGCAUCUCUCAAGCCCGGAAACCCCGAAGAAAGAUCAUCAUCCCAACCUAAUUUUCCCAUUUCAGGUGUUGCAUCGAGGGAUGGGAGCGUUUGUAUCGAGGUUUUGGUUCAUGUUGUUCCCGGCGAAAGAGUACAAGAUCGUGGUUGUGGGGUUGGACAACGCCGGGAAGACGACCACCCUUUACAAAUUGCAUCUAGGAGAAGUAGUCACGACACACCCGACUGUCGGGAGCAACGUCGAGGAGGUUGUUUACAAGAAUAUCCGAUUCGAGGUCUGGGAUCUUGGCGGGCAAGAAAGAUUAAGGACAUCGUGGGCCACAUACUAUCGUGGAACUCAUGCUGUCAUUGUAGUGAUAGACAGCACUGACAGAGCACGGAUUUCCAUCAUGAAAGACGAGCUAUUCAGGUUGCUUGCAAGUGAGGAGCUGCAGCAGACCGUGGUGUUGGUGUUCGCGAACAAACAAGACCUGAAAGAUGCCAUGACCCCGGCAGAAAUAACCGAUGCACUCUCUCUUCACAGCAUCAAGAACCAUGAUUGGCACAUUCAAGCUUGUUCUGCCCUCACAGGCGAUGGGCUUUUCGAUGGUCUUGGAUGGAUUGCUCAGAGGGUCACUGGUAAGGCGCCUAGUUGAAAAAGGCAGAGGAAUCUCGGGUUUUCUCAUGUAUUUGCUGGAGUUGGAUGAGUGAACUCUCCUCUGUAACCAAACAAAUUUGUAGAUUGAUCCUCUUUGAUUUGCCUUCUGUACCUUGAAAUGACAUAUUUGUUUCAUCAAAUAUUUGUCAUGGAGAAAAUUUGCUGAAUGAAACUCGCGUUCC